CCACUCACUAUAAACAAGGGUCCCCCACUCUCUCUCUCUCUCUCUCUCUAUUUCAUUUCUCCUACUUUCUCUCUCUAAGACUUCCAUUAAUUUCUUACAGAAUUCCUGAUUUUUUUUUUUCCGGUAGUGAAUUAUAAUUGUAUGGCAGCUAAUUUGCAGGUUCGGGGAGUGGCGAGCUUUGGGAAACGAUUAGUUGGCCAGAUCCGCUCUCGUGAUUCCCUGCCCAUUAUUCCUCCACUCUCUCUCACUCUCAGGGGUGUGCACAGCUCUGCCUAUGACAAGAACCAAGAGGACCAUGUCCAAGCAAACAUGGUACCAGACCAUGUGAUGCCACCUCAGCCCGAGGUGUACUGGGCCCCACACCCUAAAACCGGGGUGUUUGGCCCUACAACGGGUUCGUCUGACGAGCAUGAGGCUAGUGCUAGUGAAGACUCGGUGUUGGAACAGAAAACCUUUUUCCGCCCACUCGAGGACUUGGACAAGCCACCGGUCCAACCUUGAGAGUUUGCGUAUAUAUAGAGAAGCCUGCCUUCUUAUUAUUAUUAGUAUUAAUAAGUUGUGGAGUUUGUUGAAAAGGUUUCUCGGGUGUCUUUUAUGUCUAUUUAAUCGACAUUGCUCUUUGUUGUUUGUAUUCUAUUCCGAGCUUUGUUAAAUUCACCUUAAUGACUUUUAAAUUAGUUGAAAAUGAGAGUUGAGAUUGUUGGAUGUGUAUUUGUUUCAAUGUUCAAUGAAGUUUUAAGGGCUUUGUUUGAUACAA